CCAUAAUAAAUACUAAAAAUAUCUUCUCUUUUUCUCUACUCCUCACCAAACCCCAAUUGAAAAUCCUCUCUCAACAGAGCGACGUGCAAUCGGCUUGAUGCUUUGUUUUUUUACAGAGUAGUAGUACAGAAAACCCUUAACACAGAAAACCCAAACCUGCAAUUCGCUCGAGUUCGGUAAUGGAAAAACAACAAUGUCUCCUGAACGACAUUGUGUACGACAUCCUGAGUCGGAUGCCAGUGAAAUCCUUAAUCCGAUUCAGGUGCGUUUCUAAUUCUUUUGGCUCCACAAUCACCGACCCUAAAUUCAUUGCCACACAUCUCAACCAAGCUAUAUCACUAUGUUCUUGGUGGUACCAACAUUGUUGCCUUCUGUAAUGGCUUGCUUUGUCUCACUAAUAAUUCUGAGAAGAGCUUAGCUGAUCAAAGUCUAUAUUUAUGGAACCCAAGUAUUAGAAUGUUUAAGAUGGUUCCUACUCAAUUUCCUGACCACCUUCCUGUUUCUAGGGUCACUUUUGGAUUUGCUCAUCAAAACAAUGAUUUCAAGAUUCUCAGGCUUGUUUGUUUUGCACUUUAGAGUACGAAUUCAUGGAAAAAGAAUUUAUUUUGUCCUUUGAUGUUGAUGAUGGGAGAGUCCGUGGGAUAAUGCCGCCUCAAAACUAUGUAUCUGGUUGUUCUGAAUUUCUUGCUGUGUUCAAGGGAUCGUUGGCUUUGAUUGUUUUCACUGAUGAAGUAAUUGGCGAAAAUGAUGUAUGCGACAUUUGGGUGAUGAAGGAGUAUGGUGUGUCUGAGUCAUGGACAAAAAAAAGCGUACCAAUGGAAAUAAAUGCAAAUCUAAUUGGCUGCUCUGUCAAUGGUGAACUUUUGAUUGAGCAAACUAGCCAUUCGGGGGUCCACAUCAUCUCAUUUGAUUCUGAGAGUUUAAACGAGGAAAAUCUUGGAAUUCCACAGACUAGAGAUGUGAUUUACACUGCUGAUUUUGUGGAGAGCUUAGUCUUGCUUAACGGGGCAGACAUCAAAAAUCAGGCAGAAGACUAGAUAAGAUCAAGCAUCAAACAUGUGGAUUGACAUGGGUGUGUUCUUGUUGUUUACGUUAGAAGUAUUGGUAUAUGUUCUCUUUAACAGGUUUGGUAGAAGACCAUCAAAUAUGUGGAUUGACAUGGGUUUGUUUCUGUUAUUCAUAUUCACGUUUGGUAUAUAUGUUCUCUUCAACAGGUUUGCAAUAACAUUUUGACCAUUAGACUAAUAGUCUAUCAUUUUA